AUGGCGACAGUCAGUGAAAACAGCAGGCCGACCCUCAUGGUUGCUGCGCUUUUUGCCAGCAUGGGGGCUGUCUGCAGCAACUCGCUUGGCUACGUCACGUGUGGCUCCCUGGUCAAGCUGCUGAACCGUCGCUGGGACGUGCGUCUGCAUUCGCACGAGGUCCGCUACUCGGGCGGCAGCGGCCAGCAGUCGGUCACGGCCACCGAGAAGCCGGACGACAUCAACAGUCACUGGGUGGUCAAGGGACAGUACACGAGCUGCUCGCGGGGCGAACCCGUGAAGUGCGGCGCCAUAGUGCGACUCGAGCACCUGAAGACGCGCCGGAACCUGCACAGCCACCACUUCCCGUCGCCGCUGUCCAGCAAGCAGGAGAUCAGCGCACACGGCGAGAAUGGUCAGGGCAACUCGGGAGACUUCUGGAGGGUCGUCUGCAAGACGGGCUACUGGGAACGCGACGGCGACGUCAGGCUCAAGCAUGCGGACACCGAGGCCUGGCUCUCGGUCUCGGGAAAGUCUUACGGCCAGCAGUUGGGCGGCCAGCUGGAGGUGUGCGGAGAGUUGGCGCCCUACGACGAGUCGUGCGUGUGGAGGACAGCCGAGGGAGUCUUCAUGAAGCCCAGCGAAGGACGCCUACACAUCGUCAAACACACGGAACUCUGAACGCACUGGCGGGUUCUUUGUCGUGAAGGCAGUAUGUGCAUUAAAGCUGUCUUUCUUUUUCUUUCUCGUAAA